AUGGGAAAAGAACAAAGCAAUGCUGCUGUUGUAAAGGCUACAGCAGGAGAGACUGUUUUUGCCGUAUGCCCUGAAAUAGGGUUAGGUCUAGACAAAGUUGCUGGCCAUGAACUAGUGUUAGGACUGCGGUUGGUUGGUGGCUGUGGAUUAGGAUUAGGGUGUUAUCCACAGGGUUAUCCCAUCCCAGUGCUGCGACUGGGGUUCCCUGGUAAAGUAAAGGAGCUGAGCCGCGACCCGCACGCUCUUGAUUCAGUUUACUUCACUGGGUUUACAGAAGCUGACAAGACUUUUGUGAUUGCUCGCCUUGCAAGACGUCCUAAUGGGGUCUGUGAAAUCUGGCUCUUUCUUCGGGUGGAUGGAGUCGGAGAGUUUCAACAUCCAGUGCAUCCAGACGUGAUAGUGGCUGAUGAGUCUGAAAAAUGCUGGAGUGGAGGAGGGCUGACACUUGAAUGCUUAGAGCCACACAGACGAUGGAAAAUAGCAUUCCAGGGACUGCUCAGGAAGGGGCCAUAUCGGCAACAGUGGAGUGACGAGGAGGGUGAACUUGUGCAUGUCAAAUUCUCUCUCUGCUGGACCACCUUUACAGAUGUAUUUGACUUUAAAUUUGACAGUCAUCCAGACUUGUUCGCACAUGCCUUGGCUUUGGAGACGUGGAGCCGAGAACUCUUCCAAAGAAUCAAAAGAGAUGGGGAACAACAUUCUCGGUAUGAGCAAUGGGGUCAGCAGAUAGGAGAAAUUGAAAUUGAAAAUCAUCAGAAGAAAGAGCUCCUUCUGAGAGGCAUUCGGACCCACUCUUACGGUAUUCGAAACUGGGAGGAGUUUUACCGAUAUGUCAUGCUUUUGAUGCAUUUUGAGGAUGGGACCUCAGCACACCUAACAGUUCUUUGUAAACCAGCAACUACAACACACCUUGCUGUUGGCUAUGUUAUUUUCCCAAAUGGGAAGAAAGCCGGUAUUGACUGGACCGAUGCCUUGCUGGCUGAGAUGGCUGAUGAUGGUAUUAUUAAAGACACGUACAGGGUCAGCUUCACUGCAGAUGGCAAGUCCUUCAGCGUUUGUGCUACACUUGACAAGGAAGCUCGCCCCAUGGUGUAUAAUAGUUCAACUGGGAAAGGAGUUUUCCAUGAGUGUAUUGCUGAUUUCCAGCUGAAUUCUUUGCUGCGAGGCUGGGGCCUGGUUGAAUUUUAUUACAGAGAUGAACUUGGAGACCUGGUUCCUUAUGCUAAUUCUCUGCUAAAGCAGACUGAUAAUUUAUGGUUUUUAGAAGAACGAGAACCCUGGAAAUUUUUUCAGAAAUUUCUGCAGCAUUAUGCUUUUCAGUUCAUAGUCCCCCCAGGCUUCUGUGUCACGGUAUUAGCAUUGGAACAUCACAUAAAGCAGAACCAGGAGCUCCAAGAAGCUGUGAAAGAGCUCACCCAAGUGGCCUGUAAAAUUAAACCAGGAAAUCUCCAGGAGCUUUGCAAAAGAUGCUCUGAAAUGUUCAACGCCACCAGGCUCUCCCGUGUGCUUCAGCGGCUGGAUGAACUGGGGUUGCAGCAGGAGCUCCUAGCAGUCAGGUCCAGUCCUGUUGGAGAAGACACAACAGAAAGGGCUGCCGCUGGAUGACAACACUCAGAGCUGGGAGUUAGGGGGAGACAGCAGGUGUGGGGGACAAUUUUGGCCUGCUGGGUCUCACUGUACUCCUUCCCGGCUGUACGGUAUCGCCAUCAAAGAGGACAGCUGAUCCCGUCACUCAUGGGGGUUGUCAUUCAGCAAAUGGUGCCAGCUGAGGCUGCAGGAACGCUGUUCAUUUGUGACCCACUUAUGGGGCAUCCUGGGAAGAUUAUCAUUAAAGCCAACUAUGGAAUCGGGGAGUCCACAGUGACUGGCAACGUGGAGCCCGAUACAAUCACUCUCCUCCACAGCCCCAAAAACGGACUCCAGGUCGCCAGUAAGAAGAUUGGAUCAAAGAAGCAAUAUGCCCAUUUGAGCGUUGGUGGAGGUACCAUGAUGCUAGAGGACCCUCACCCUACAGAGACCUCCCAGUGCUGCAUUUCUGAUGACAUUAUUCUGAAGGUGGCUGGCCUUGCUCUUUGGGUGAGAAAAGCAUAUGGAACCGCAAGGGAUAUUGAGUGGGCUGUGAAAGAAAACCUCAUCUACUUCCUUCAGGCUAGGCCUAUGACAUCUUUCAAUAUGGAAUCAGAUUUUGAGCUGAUGCAUGAAUUUGACACCGGGUUACCUUCGGAUCUUCAGUGGUUAACAACUGCCACCAUCAGUGAAGUAGCUCCUAGAGCAAUCACCCCGUUGACAUGGAGUGUAUUUGGGACAGCCACACAGUAUGUCAUUCAGCAACUUGGUGCGCUCAAUGGUGGACUGUGUCAACUCAAGCUGCACAGCUUACGUGGCUUGGAUAUGUACUGUGGCCAUCUGUUCCUGAGUAUUUUGUCUUAUGCUGCUUCCUGUGAACCAUCCAAUGUGAUAAAUCAGAAGAACAAUCCUCUCUGCUCACCAGUGGAAAAAGAGCUGAAUGACCUGGGCUCUCACGACAUUAUUUUAUAGUGCUUACAUUUGUCACCAUGGAGGAAGAUCUUCAGCUUCAAGUUCUUGAAGUUUUUGCUCAACACCUCCUCUAAGCAGCGGUACUGGGAAGAGCAACUCCAAAACUUCAACAUCCCUUCUGGCAGCAGUGCAGCUGAGGCCUACCUCCAUCUUACUAAGUUGCUGCCAGAAUAUUUCAGUGCUUAUUUAACUUCAGUCAUGAGCUCCUCAGCCUUGAUCCUGUGGGCCAGUUAUUUGAUUGACGCUUUGUCUCAAGGAGAAAACAAAUUGACUGCCAAGGCCAUCACUCUGCUCUGCAAGAACUGCCCGGAUGCUUUGUCUACAGAGCUGCCUCAUUCAGUAGAGGUGAUAAUCCAAGCUGUUAGAGACCAAGGAAACAGUGCAGAAUUUGCAAAAAUGGAUUCACAGACAGCAGUGUCAUGGCUGCUUUCAGCUGACAGCGGGGAAGCUGGAAAGGCGUUUCAGAGCUUUCUGAAAAGACAUGGUUUCUUCAGCUUUGGAGGAGCGGAGUUGAGGAGCAAGUCUUGGGCUGAUGAUCCCACCCAACUGAUUCCACUUAUUCAAAGAGCUGUGGAGUCUAAUCACAUUUCCAAGAAGAAAACCCAAACAUCAGUAGAAGAAGCCAUCGCUGCUGUAAAAAUGCCAAUCACUGGGUUAAGAAAGAUCAUACUUCCCUUUUUGGUAAGAAAAGCAAGAGAUGGGAUUUCCAAGCGAGAAUAUUCAAAGACUUUAGCCAGGAAGGUUUAUGCUUUAUUCAAGACAGCAUACUGGGAGCUGGCCAGGCAGAUGGUAAAAGAGGGUUUUUUGCCAGAUGAGGACUUGCUGUUCUUCCUAACGCACUCCGAGGUUGGAGAAAUCUUACAGCACAGACCUCUGGACAUAAUCCUCAGGGCUAACAGGAGGAGAAGGAUAUUAAAUCAACAGAAUCUGUUACAAUUCCCAGAGGUGAAUAUGGGCAGACCAGUUCCUUUACGUUUCGAGGAGGUUGCAGACCUAACAGCUGAGGCCGUACUCAGUGGCAUAAUCAUUAGUCAAGGAGUGGCUAAAGGAGCAGUCUGGGUAUUGAAGAGUGUUGCGGAAGCCAGCAAUAUUCAGCAAGGAGAUAUUUUAGUUGUGGCAAUCCCAGAGGUCGGCUGGACAUAUUACUUUCCUUUACUGGGAGGAUUAGUCACUGAAAUUGGAGGCAUACUAUCACAUGGUGGUAUAAUCGCGAGGGAGUAUGGACUGCCUUGUAUUAUGAAAUGCAAAGGAGCAACCAUCUGUUUUAAGUCAGGAGACAAAGUGAUAUUGGAUGGAUUUAAAGGAACAGUGCGGAAACUUGAGGAGUAAAACUUCAUGGAGGGUAUACGUUAUAUGAAUACUAGCACCAAUUUGCAAAGCUGUCUGCAGCAGGGCUCUUUUGAACAUUUUGCCGGGGGGGAGGAAGGGGCGUAACACUUAAUAUUUGCACUAUAGAUUUAUUCAUCUUUUUAUAAAUAGCUAUAAAUAACUUCCCAUCUGUUUCUGUUGAUCUAAAGUUUAGGUUAUCCAGUUAGGGUACAGAAAAAUGCAACAUUUUCCUAUGCCAAAAAUACUAAGUAGCAAAUCAUAACUACCAGUCACGGUUGUAUAGACAGUCUUUUGCAUAAAAAGGGCCUUCUAAACUGUUCACUGAAAAUUUGUAAAUGAAGGGGGAAAAAAAAACAUAGACCUUAUACCCAUUUCACAAAGUCUUCAUAUAGAGAAGAAGGGAGCUAAAUUCAGUUGAGUAAAUUGUUUGCUUCAAAUAGUUCAACAAGUAAAAGUUAAAG